AUGUCUACCUCAAGAUCCCCCGCUGCUUUAAAGUUAACACCCGAAGAUACUACUCUUUUGCUUGCCGCAAAUACUCAAAUCGGCUCGAAAAACUGUGAAACUUCAAUGGCUCCAUAUGUCUUCAACCGUCGCUCAGAUGGCAUUUUCAUCUUCAAUCUUCUGAAGACUUGGGAGAAGAUCGUUUUCGCUGCCCGCGCCAUUGUUGCUAUUGAGAACCCAGCCGAUGCGUGCGUCGUCUCUGCCCGUCCUUAUGGCCAGCGUGCUGUCCACAAGUUUGCUCAGUAUACUGGUGUCAAAGCUAUUGCUGGAAGAUUCACUCCAGGAACAUUUACCAAUUACAUCACGCGUUCCUUUAAGGAGCCUCGCCUGGUUAUUGUCACUGACCCCCGUACUGACCACCAGCCAAUCAAGGAGGCAGCUUAUGUCAAUAUCCCAACUAUUGCAAUCUGCGAUAGUGAUUCUCCCCUAGCGUAUAUUGAUAUUGCGAUCCCUGGAAAUAACAAGGGAAAGCAUUCAAUUGGUCUUAUUUAUUAUCUUCUUGCUCGUGAAGUAUUAAGACUGAGGGGUGUCAUUUCUCGUGACCAGCCAUGGGAGGUUAUCCCCGAUAUGUUCUUCUUCCGUGACCCUGAAGAGUCAGCUUCCGAGAAAGCGGAGGAGACUCCAUUUGAUGAUUAUGACAUUUCCGAUGUCCAUCAAAUGACCAAUCUUCGUAACCGCGAGCCUUCAAUGCUUGAGGUUGGUGAGAAUGGUCCUUCUUGGUCCGAGCCAGCAGGCACAUGGAACUCAUCCGAAGCCCCAGUUGAAAAAGGAACAUGGGGAGAUGCCUAA